UGGAGAAGUGUAGUGUCAGAGCUCGGCUCCCCCCUCCCUCCUCCUCUUUCUCCGGGAGCUAUUUGCCAGUCAGCCUCGACGACAGACAGCCAGCCGCUCACUGUCCUGCUGCUGCGCGGUCUCCCGUCUUCUCCCUCCGAGCCCCGGCGUCGUUUUUACACCGUCUGCGAGGAUCUCUGCGGGCCGGUCACCGAGUUUGGUCGCGUCCUUUUCAGGGGGGAAAAUUUAGUCUCGUCUGUGCGAGUUUUUAUUCUCUAGUUGCCCUUCAAGACGUAUGGAGAAAAUGGCCAGACCUCUUCCACUAAACCCAACUUUCCUGCCGCCGACCCAUGGCGUGCUGAAAUCCCUGCUGGAAAAUCCACUGAAGCUGCCUUUCCACCACGAUGAAGGAUUAGGGAAGGACAAGGAGAAAGAGAAGAAGCUGGACGAUGAGGGCACGGCAGCCAACCACCCGCAGUCGGCCUUCCUUGGGCCCACCCUGUGGGACAAGACCCUGUCCUACGACGGGGACAAUUUCCAGCUGGAGUACAUGGACCUGGAGGAGUUCCUGUCGGAAAACGGCAUCCCUGCAAACACAGCCCAGAGAGACCAAACCCCACAGGCGCCUCAGGCGGCGGCGCAGGCCCCGGCGUCCGCCCCGCCUACCCCCACCACACCCACGGUGGUGGACUUGAGCAGUCGCGCCACCACCUCAGUUCACACAGGCAUGGCACCUCAGCCCUGCCUUCACAGCCCCACCACAGCAGCAUCUCGGGACACCCCCAGCCCCAUCGACCCAGAGUCCAUCCAGGUUCCCAUCACCUACGACCCAGACCCCGCAGACCUGGCUCUGUCCAGCGUGCCCGGCCAGGAGAUGUUCGACCCCAGGAAACGCAAAUUCUCCGCCGAGGAGCUGAAGCCUCAGCCGAUGAUCAAGAAGGCCCGCAAGGUGUUCAUCCCCGAGGACCUGAAGGACGACAGGUACUGGGCCCGGCGCAGAAAGAACAACGUGGCGGCCAAGAGGUCACGGGACGCCCGGCGGCUGAAGGAGAACCAGAUCGCCAUCCGCGCCGGCUUCCUGGAGAAGGAGAACGCCGCACUCCGCAUGGAGGUAGCGGACAUGAGGAAGGAGCUGGGCCGCUGCAAGAACAUUGUGGCUAAAUACGAGGCCCGGCAUGGGCCCCUGUGAGCCCCCCCCCCCCCCCCCCCCCCCCCCCCGCUCCCCUUUUCUUAUCUCCCCCAACAAAAAAAAAAAAAACCCAUGCACCAGCCCACACCUACUACUCUGUCCCCUGCGACCUGUCAUCCCUUGAGUUUCAAGGACAAUGUGUCUCUUUUUGUGGCACUGCCCCUGUCCUCCCCCCCCCCCCCCUCAGCCUUCACACAUCUGUAUGAUUCUGGUAUUAUAACUGUCAUUUUGACUUCUCUCAUAAGCUUCGAUUUGUCUGUUCCUCCUUUGAUUUUCUGUACACAUUGUUCGACUUAAUAUAAAUAUAUAUAUACAUAGAUAAAUAUAUGUAUUUACACAUGCAUACUUCCCACUUUAAUGUACUGUGAGGAGAUGAGCCAACCCACCAGCUGAGUCCCCCCCCCACUGCCCGCCCGCUCUACCUUCCACUUUUGAGAAACGAUGCCAUGCUGUUUGUUGUUCACUUUCAUACCGAUUUUAUACGUGAGAUCAGGACUGAAAACUUGUUUCCUGUCUCUCUACUUCUUCUUCUUCUUCUGUGUUUUAUUGUGUGACGUGUCCGAGAGCCUGAUUCUGACCUCCCAAAUCUUGUUUUUUUUUUUUUUUUUAAUCCCUGUCAGAAGUUUGGUUUUGCUCCAAUCAUCUUCUUUAGUUUGACUCUUUCUGAACACUUACCUUGAUAUCCACGUCUUACUUUAAGUUGUCUUCACCUUUAAAAGUGUUUCUAAAGGAGUGUUCAGACCAAAAAGUGACGCAGAGCAUACUCGUUGUCUGUCCAGCUGCAGAACGGCCACGCCCACCUCUGAUGUGAGCGGCAGUUUCUGUGUAUCCCGCAGGUCUGCUGUAAUGUGCCGUUCUGCAGCUGUGUGAAAUCGCAGUUUUCGAAAGGAAGCCGAAAGACCCAAAUCAUGUUGCAGAUUUAGAAACGAGCUGAAUAUCAUGCUCUCUCAGAUUAGUUUGCAUGUUUAUGUCAAAUAACUUUAAACGCUCGUUUUUUAAAAUGAAGUUUGGUUUGAUCGUUGUCGGGAAGUCAGCAGAAUCUACAAUGCUGAUCUUACAACCCAUGUCAUUUGCUCAUUUUGCUCUGAACACACCACAUGAAUCCUCCUUUCACAUCUCCAGACUGAGCUGUUAACUCCUGAUGUCUCUUUUUUUUUUUUUUUUUUUUUAUCGUGUGCAGUCGUGGUGAACAUUUAGCUGUUUUUUUGUUUUUUUUGUUUUUUUUUCCUUCACCACCCGGACACUGAGCAAUAAUAAUCCUUGUCCAGACGUAAACUAACAUGACUACCUUACAGGUUUCUCACCCCCUCCUGAUCCCAGCCCCUCCUCUCAUUUUAUAUCUCACCUUCGUUGACUAAGUUAACCCUUAGUUAACCUCUGCACUAAUGCGUGUCUCACAAUCUGAUCCGCUGAUCCUCACUCAAAAUUUCCUCAUAUUUAUCUACCUUUUAUUUCUCAGAUGGAAGAUUGUUUUUUUUUUUUUUUUAUAUAUAUAUAUAUAUGUGUAUUCUGUUGAUAUAAUUGUUAGCAUUAAUACUACUCUUGACAUUGUCGUUUAGGCUCCUCCUUGUUUUCAGAUUUACGCAUGAUUAUUUUCUUUCACAGAAUGAAAACGCUUUUAUUCGCUAAAUCUUCUUUUUAUUUUGCAAAAAGUUGUUGAUAAUUAUUUUUCUCGCUUCCGUUUCACUUUAGCAUGAUUUUAAUAUGAGUGUUUUUAUUUUGGAGUAAUCAAUACAGAUGUCUGUAGUCUCUCAUCGUAGCUCUAUGUCCGCCCUCUUCUUUGAAAGAUGGCUGUAUGAAUGUAAAAGAUGUUGACACAACAAAAAAAAAAAACUAAAGUUGGAUGGUGUUGUCCAAUACUGUGGUUAACCCAAUCAAUUUGUUUACUGCAGACCAAAACGAUUCACCGCAGAGAUGAUAUAUUGGUUACAAGAGAUAUGUUUAUAUAAACCAACUCUAUAAGUUGUUGUUUUUGUACAGUAUUUUUCCUAUACAUUACUGAACUAUGUAUUUUAAAGGCACAACAGAUCCAGAAUAUUAUUAAAGAAUACAAGUAUAUAACUCAAAGACAAAUGCAUAUAGUGGUAUUUUGAUAUUCUAUAUUAGCUAGGAACAUGUGGUCGUUUUACAGAGAUUUGUGGCUAUUCAGCGGCACCCAAACCUCCUGGGCAUUAUUAUUCUUACUAUUAUAACCAUGAUCACUACUCUCAUCAUUCUUCUGCCAUGUCAUGAAAACCCCCAUUGAACUCUAAAAGGAAGCAGAUGCUGAAAAUGCAGAAGUCCAAUAGAGAGAAUGUAAUGUUAUCGACCCCCCUUUUUUCCCCCCAUUGACUAAAAAAAACCAGACUAGAGAAUCAAACUUUCAUCUCGUUAAUUUUCUUUUCUUUGAGCGUCUAAAAUUCUAAAUAUUUUGAAGGCUUUUUUUUUUUGUAGCCGCGCAGCUUGUUCAAGUCUUGUUUCUUUCUGGGAUGAAGUUACGAUGAAGGAAGGGAAAUCUAUAGCUGGUUACUCUUGCUGCUGCUGCCGCUGCCGCCCUUUGUGUGAUUUGGUUCCUUAAAUGCAGUUGUAGCGUCUCCCUGAGCCUGAGUGAUGGACACUGGGAAGCUUUGUUUUUAUCUUUCUGAAAAUUAAAGCUUACUGUGGACUCCACAGUCCCCCCCCUACCCCCCUACACACACCUUACGACCCCCUCCUGAAUGUUAGCGGUGUUGUCGUAUAGAGGUGAAUGUUGCAAAGCUUUUUGUCAAAGAGGAUAAGACUAGGAUGUGACAGAUGAAUGUUUUUGUGGGCUGAUAUUGACGUUUCUGAAAAGUACGGAAGUCGAGAGCUGCCAAAAUAAAAAUCAAAUCGUUAAGUUUUAAAAUAUUUUGACUGUUUUGGAUGUUGGUUUUUGCGGACAGAUUUAAGAAAACUCAAACCAGUCAUAUUUUUUUUUUCUUCAAAAAUGAAGUUACUUGUAGCAGUUUAGCUUAGCUUAGCAUAACUUGGCUAACCUGCUGCUAGGUGUAGCUUCACAUUGAGAAAACAGUUCAUGAGUGGUGUUUAUUUUCUCUUAUAACUGUCGUCAAAAAAACUCUCUAAACUUUGAAUUCUCAAUUAAAGUUUUGUUUUGUAGUUAUGGGACACAUUCCAAACCAAUGGUGUUGAUCUAUUUCAUCUAACGCUUUGCAAAAAUGGUCCAAUACCGAUCCUUUUAAUCACUAGGCAGUUUUUUUUCUUCACUUUUUUACAGAUAAAAACCACCAAUGGGAGCUCAUUUCUCUCAGUUACUUUGUCGGUUCAUUGAGGUGUAUUUCAAUUGGUUAUAAAAGAGCUAGCUUCUUUUUAAAAAAUUAGCUAACUAAAUUUUAAAAAAUUUGCAUCAUACUUGCUAAGCUAAAAUGAAAAAGAUAGAUUUUUAAAGCCCAGUUUGCAAUUUAUUUAUAUACUUCUAGCAGAUUUAAAAAAAAAUAAUUUGACAUUGUUGCAGUGACGAUACAAUUUUAAGCUAUCAUGCUAACUUUUAAUCUUAUUUUUGACAUGCAUGGAGUGCCAACAAACGUUACAUUAAACUUAAAUUUAACACAUCGUUUACUUGAAAUGGGCAACUCUUGACUUCCAUACAUCUGUGUCGAGAUCUUCUAAAUUGAAGGCAUUAGUGUUUUUUUCUUUUCAGGGAGGUACAGAGGUUAAAACUGGGUAGAAAACUACAAAAAUAAAAUUAAAAAAUACCUAAAAAUCGGGGGGAAAAAACCCACUAUCAGCCCAUUAAAACAGCAAAACGGACGAGUUAGUCAGAUCCCAGUCCAGGUCUGGUUGAUUUACGUGAUCCAAAGUUGUAUGUGUGAUGUUAAAACAGUUAUUUUCUAAUCUUUUAUUUGUGUUUUUUUGCGCUUUAGAGGGUGUUUCCUCUCUGCAUCCUUUCUGCACAGAUGCGCUCGAGUGUGAACAGGGUUUGUAGAGGAGAGAGUGAAGACUGGAGAGAUGCCCGUACGGAGCAUCGUUUUUAUGAAACUUAUACGUUUAUAGGAAAAAGCCAAUAAUCAAUCCACGCGUAUCCCAAAAUUACCUCACUGUCGAGUGAUUUCACUACCUCACCCGGAAACGUAAACCAUAAUUCGGAGUCUAUUCCAGUGCCUUGAAUACACUGACUGUUCCCCGGUCUCUCAGCAAUGUAAGCCUCUCAUCUCCAAUCAGUUCGCUUCAGAUCUGCACUGAAGGGCUUCUUAGUGCAUCAAAAAUCAACACACACACACACACACACACACACACACACACAUGGACGACUUCUUUCAUUUCUUAUUUUGGACAUUGCAACAGACUUGUAACCAUUGUAUUCAUGGCAACACCAGCGGACUGUUUCAGAGUGUAAAAAAAAAAGAAAAAGAAAACACAACAGAAAGGUGUAUUUCCUGUUUGUCACGGAAUGGAUUACAUUACAUUUAUUUGUGCUGUUCAGUCCUCAGCCUCUCCGUCUCUCUGUAAUUUGUAGUGUCUAAUAAAAUCCCAAUUCUUA